CUGAUUGAAGCUUCCUGUCUGAGACUGACUGAAGGACUUCUGGACUGAACAUCUGGUUCUUCUUCUCUCAUCAUGGACUCUUAGACUGACCUCUGGUACCGACAGGAAGACAACAGGUUCCUGCUCGUGAAUGUGUGUGCGUGUGUGUCUGAGUGUGUGUGGUUGUGCCCCGCCUCUCUCGGACACGUUGCCCAGGGAGAGGCUGCACGGGCUGGAUGGAUGAGACUCUCUGCUCGCCUUCCUCUCUGCGUCUGCUGCCUUCACGCUCCUUCAUGGUCUCAUCUUCACUCCUCCAUCAGUCUGCUCGGUCAGUCAGCGCGUCCACACACACACACACACACACACACACACACUGACAGACACACACGCACACACACACGCACCGUGUCUGCUGCUGCUGCAUGUCCUCAACUCACCGAGCCGGAGACGGGAAACGCACAACGCUUCACUGCUGGUCCGUGAUGCUCUCUGCUGGCUGAGAGUCUAGCUCCAACAUGUCGACCUCGGACUCGGAUUACUCCAUUGACUGGCUCGCCAGCGAUGAGGACGACUACGACAGCCCAAAGACAUUAAGUCCUCAGCACGCGGAGGAGUCGCCGGUACCGCCAUCAUCCUCAACGUCAUCCUUAAGGGAGUCUCCUACAAGAUGCCUUCACUCUGGAGCGACCCAGAGGAGGAGGAGGAGGAGGAGCGACCACUGUGACUGUAAAGAUGGAGGCCGCUGUGGGGUCGAUGCUGACUCUCCGGCCGCCCUGCAGACCCUGACGGUCAGCCCAGUUCAGGGAUUUACUUCUAUAAGUGAGCAGCUUUCUGUGGAGUCAAAGCAUCAUUCAACCAGGAAGAGAGCUCACAGCGCUGGUUCGGACGGACUCUGUGAAAAGACUCAACCAGACACUGAAAAUGAACUGUUCUCGCAGAAGUGCGCGGAGCUGCAGUGCUUCAUCCAGCCGCUGUCGUCCAUCCUGCGGGGCCUGAGAUCAGGCAGGUACUCUGAACGUCUUAGCAGCUUCCAGGAGAGCGUCGCAAUGGACCGGAUCCAGAGAAUAAUGGGGGUCCUUCAGAAUCCAAACAUGGGUGGACGCUUCCUCAGCAUCAUCCUGAAAAUAGAAGAAAUGCUUCAGAGCUGGUUCCCUCACAUCAGACCAGACCAGACGGACGACUGCUCUCCGGCUAAGAAGCAAAAGCAGCAGCAUCGUAGCAGUGCCUCUCCUCCUCCAUCCUCUCCGGUGUCGCUCCGCUCUUCAGACUCCUCCUCCGGCCUCCGACGGCUCCACGCCACGUCACCCGUCGUCUGCUCGCCGAAGACGCCCGAACCGACACUCAGCCGGCCCGCCGCCUCCGCCUCCCCUCUGCCGGCGCGCUGCAGCCAGGAAGUGACCCAGGACAACGCCGUCUCCUCCAGCACCGACUCGCCGCACUCGGGGCCCCCGCGCCGCCUCGCCGCUAACCCUCGCCUCAGCCGGGGGCCGCUGCCCUUCAAGAUCCGCUCGCCGUGUCUGGAGAGACUGCUGCAGGCCAAGGAGAGCAUCAUCGCUCCCAGGACUGUGGGAGACGGCGGAGGCGGGUUGUCUUGAGAGAGGACGCUGAUCUUGGAUCUCAUCUCGGCUUCCACAAACUACAAGGCCUUAAAAAAAGCAUGAAGUCUUCUACGUCUAUUUUUUUUUUUUUAAAUCUACAGCUGACGUGGCGUUCGCUCCGACUUCAGGUUCUCCAGCAGAAAGAGUCCGAAUGUGAUGAAGAAAUAGGAGACGGGGCCUCGGUUACAACGACCUUUAGGACCCUUUAAAAUGUGUGUGAGGAAGCGUCGGACCUCUAGCUUGAGUUUUCACUAAUAUUUGAGUUGGAUGGAGUUCAUCUUCUAACGAGUUCAAAGAUUAAAACAAUGUUGGCAGAUUUGUUUCCUCAACA